AUGAGGAUCAGCAGUGUGGGGCUAUUACAACAAAUGUAUUCAAGUUAUGCAGGGGAGAGGUUAAAUGCUGACAGUGGUGCUAGAGACGAUCCAGUAAAGACGACUUUUUCUCUUAUCGAAGCGAACACCAAGGAAGAUCGGUCCGAGUGUGUGUUUGCACAGACGAACUUGGAGGACAACACCAUUAGCUAUCAUAUCACCAUUCCCGCCAAGGGAUUCUGGAAGUUCCAGAUCUUCGCACUUCCUCAGUCCGACCCUAGCAAGAGCCUGGCAGGAGUCUACAACUACUUGAUCCACUGUGUGAAAGUCACCAAGCGCGCCUACCCACGCCCCACCCAGUUCAAGGACUGGAAAGACGGCUGCAUCUUGAAGGAGCCGAUGGUGUUACAUGGUGACGUCAGCGGGCCGACCGUCCGCUUUCGUGUGACGAUUCCCGACGCUAACAAAGUGGCUGUUGUUGUUGAACAGCAGUGGACUCAUUUAAUGAAGAUCGACGACGAAUGGUCCGGGAAUGUGGUACUGCGUAAUCAUUACGGAAAGAACGCCUCUGUGACGCUAAACGCUCUGUACGGUCCAGAGGGAGGCUCAUACAGCACUCUUCUUGAAUACACCAUUUGA